AUGAUUAUUGAAAAUCCUGACGCUUUCAAGUCGUGGUUGACUUCCAUAUUGGAACCUCUUUGCGAUGCUGACCCGGCUGCGCUUGCCAAAUAUGUGUAUGCUCUUGUCAAGAAGGACAAGCCCUUGGAUGAGCUACGGGAGGUGAUGGUGGACCAACUCGAUGUCUUCUUGCAGCAGGAGACAAAACCGUUUGUGGAGAUGUUGUUCAAGGCGUUGGAGAGCAAUGAUUAUCUGAAGCAGGGCAAGGAUGAAAAGAAGGCUGGCUCCCCGGCGCCUGGGGAGCCCGAACCGGCUAAGGACCCCGAGAUUGAUAACCACGUGGGAGCCCCAACGAUUCCGUCGCCGGUAUCUGGCGGGGAGACCCGGGGCCGGUCUCCUUGCGCCGGCACGUUGGCGGGCAGUACUGGCGCGGUGGGGGCGCGCGCCCGCCUCGUAGUGUCGCGGGGCGCCAAGCUGGCCGCGCCCGCGCCCCCCGCGCCCCCGGCGCCUACCCCCGCCGCGCCCCCUAGAGGACAUCCCCAUAAUGAACAUACGCUUGUUAAGGUGUUACCAUUGACGGAACUGCUAGAGGAGCCAGUAGACCAGCCACCUAGAAGACGCGAUAGACGAGGAGACGCGACUCGUGAGGCAGACAGACGUAGACGAAGAUCUCGUUCGUGGGAGAGACGCGCCCGGGCGAGGCGACACGGACGGGAUAACGAACACAAUACUGACAUCCGAAGACGGCCACUUUCCCGGUCUCCUUCUCCGCGAGGUCGUUACAGAAACCGUAGUCCUCCGCCCUCAGCCAUCGACAGGCAAACCAGCAGGUCUCGAUCAAGGUCGCCGGCUGGUCGUGAUCGUGACCACGAGAGGGAGCGAGAGAGACUGCGAGUUCCACGCGAGUUGGAAAGAGACAGAAUGUCCCGAGACAGAGAACAUAGAGAUCGCGUGUCUCGCUCUAGGGAUAGAGAUCGUUCCCGCGAUCGUUCCCGCGACCGUUCCCGAGGCUCGACGUCCCCGCACCCCGACGCUCGGCUCGAUCACAACGACGCCUACAAACGACGCUGUAGAGAUUUUGACGAGAAGGGGUACUGCAUGCGCGGCGACCUGUGCCAGUGGGACCACGGCAGCGACCCGGUGGUGCUGGAGGACGCGGCCGCCGCGCUCUCCUCCGUGCUGGCGCUGCCGCCGCCGCCCAGCGUGCCCGAGUACAAUCCCCUGACGCCGGACAUAUGGUGCGGCGGGUUCCCUGCCUACCCCCCUCCGCACCCCCACCACCCACACCCGCCCAGGGAACUCAUACCUAUACCUAGGAUCCGUCACGAGAUGGUAUCAGCGCGCGGCGUGGGUACUAUAGGGGCGGCCCCAAGACCCCCCGCUCCACAUAAGAAGAACUUCGACUAUACACGUUUUGGCCCGCCCCGUCCCCCUCUGCCCGCGAACGCAGCGAACUGCUCUCUGGAAGUGAAGAAAGUACCGCGCGGACUCAACGAUAUCACACAUCUCAACAACCACUUCUGCAAGUUCGGCAAGAUUGUUAAUAUACAGGUCUGCUACGAUGGUGAUCCAGAAGCGGCUCUGAUAACAUUCAGCAAUCCUACCGAAGCUAACGUUGCGUACAAAAGCACUGAGGCAGUGCUGAACAAUCGCUUCAUUAAAGUGUUCUGGCAUAACCCUGAGCAGAAUAAACAAGAGAACAUGGCGCCGGGCGGUCAGUUGUCGAACAAACAGACGGAUAGACAAAACUCGCAGCAUCCAAUGUCUCAUAACAAAGUGCUCAUCAACAGAGAUAAUAUCAAGGCAACCGCCGAUAAUAAUGCUAAACAACUCAUGGAGAAGCAAGAGAAAGAGAAGGAGUUAGCGAACGGUCAGGAUCCUAAGAAGGAAGCAGUGAAAGCUCCAAUAACGAAAAGUAAGCAGGUCAUGGAGAUGCACAAGAGAGCGCAGGCCUUGUUGGAGACCCAGCUACAGCAACAGAUGCUACUUAUACAGAGGCUGGAGUCCGGAAACGUUACGGGCCCACAACGCGCCGCUUUGCUAGAAGCGAUCAACUCGGCUCAAGAAGGAAUUGAAAAACUGCGCAAAGAACUCGUCGCUUACAACGGCACGUUAAAACAAAUGCAGGACGAGUCGGUCGCAAGGAAUAUGUCGCGGCUACACCUCGCUCAGGCUAAGAAACCGAAGACCAAAGAAGAGGCUCAGAAGGAGAUCCUUGACGCUGAACUGGAUCUGUUUACAAAACAACAGGAGGGUCAAGACGUGACAGAGUUGACGAAGAAGAUUGCUGAGCUCCGCCGACAGAUGGCCAUACAGUUCCCCUCGCAUAACAUCAUGAGGAGACCACAUGCAAGCUACCGUAUUGUGAAGAGAAAACUUAGGGGUGGCAGGUUCAACACCCCGACGAGGUUCACCCGAGGCGGUAUAGCGACGAAGAUGUUCAGCGUCAACCAGUCGGUCGAUCAUAGACCGAGGGCUCUGCUUAUAUCGGGAUUCGAAGCCGACGAACUUGAUGCUCUAGUCGCACACUUUUCUCAAUACGGCGAGGUGAUAAGCAAAGAGGUGGAGUUGUCAGUCCCUCAACUGGUGCUUCAGUACAAGUCUAGACAACACGCCGAGCACGCAAUCGCCAACGGAAAACAUUACAAUGAUCGGACAUUGUCGAUAACAUGGACGGCGAAUACCACAGCGAAUGCAAACAGCGCGCCGCGGCCCGCGGACCCACGGCCCGCGCGUAAUGGAGACCAGAGAGACGAAAAGGACGAGCAGACCCCGGUAGACCUUCCAGAGGACACGUUACUCCGUUUCGACGAGGAGGAGGAGGAUGACGCUGACGAAGACAGGUCCUGGAGACGUUGA